AAGUUGUCGAGCCCGUUCAGUUAGUUUCCAGUCGCCUAACGGAUCGCUCGCAUUUCCCUCGCAAUAACUUUUCGUAACUUCACUAUGACGUUACGCUAUGUGCUUACGGUAUUGGCGCUCGUGGGGGCUUCGCUGGCCGGGGAAGAGGUCAAGGAGUUGAAGGUAGACGUGGUUAGCGUUCCAGAAGGAUGUACCGUAAAGUCUAAGCAUGGCGAUAUGCUUACCAUGCACUACACAGGCACUUUGGACGACGGUCACAAGUUCGACUCCAGUUAUGAUCGCGAUCAGCCGUUCACCUUCCAGAUUGGCGUGGGGCAAGUCAUCAAGGGCUGGGAUGAGGGACUUUUGAACAUGUGUGUUGGUGAGAAGCGAAAAUUGACCAUUCCGUCUAGUAAGGGCUACGGCGAGCGAGGAGCCGGGAACGUCAUCCCUCCCCACGCGACCCUCCACUUUGAAGUGGAGCUGAUCAACAUCGGUGACUCUCCCCCCACCACCAAUGUGUUCAAAGAGAUUGAUGCCGACAAAGACAACAUGCUUUCUCGCGAAGAAGUCAGCGAGUACUUGAAGAAGCAGAUGGUUCCCCCCGAUGGCGCUGAAAUGAGCGACGAUAUCAAGCAAAUGCUCGAGUCCCACGAUAAACUCGUCGAGGAGAUCUUUCAACACGAAGACAAGGAUAAGAACGGCUUCAUCAGCCACGAGGAAUUCUCAGGCCCCAAACACGAUGAACUCUAAAUCGCAGCGUUGGUCAUCCAGACCAAUGUAGAAACUAGGGAAUGUACCAUUAUAAUAAUUAAGCUAUCAUAUUAAUUGAGAUAUUCUUACAGCUGGCUUGUUGUGGGAUACCAAAUUGUACCAAAUUCAUUUUUGGACCCCUGUCAAAAUUACCUUUCAAUUAUCAGUAAAAUUUUAUGAAUUUUAAUAUUCGGUAAAUGUUUUACUACAUAUUUUUAAGGUUACAUGAGAGUCAUUGUAACGAAUUUUGUUGAGUCUUUUGUACUUAGUUUACUAUGUUGUUGGUGUAUCUGUCAUUGAUUUUAGACUUUAAAUAUGGGGGCUAUAGUUGACACAUAUAUAAAGCAUUACAAAUAAUUUUAAAUUUAAUUUUAAGUAAAACCUUUACCUAUCGGAUUUUACAAAUUAUCUUUAAACAACCUAUGUCUUUAGUUAUAUUAAACCUGAAGGUUCCUUGAGAUUAAAUUUCUUCGAUAAUUGUUAUUUAAUGUUUUUAACAACUUAUGUGUCCACUACUUAACCAUUCCCUUUUGACAAAGGCACUGCUAGUUAAGACUUUUCGGCAUAAUAGAUAUUAUUUAGGAGGAUGUUGAAGUUUAAACGGUUUUGUUUUCAUAAUAUAUGUAGCUUAAUAAUUUCGAUGUUUUAGUUAAUUUCGGAGAAUUGACGACUUCGUUAUUACCAACAUUAAGUAGAUACCUAUUUUCAUUUCGUAUGAUAACUAUAAAGCCAAAAUAAUAGGCGUCUGUUGUCCAGAUUCAAAUUGUGUAGAGUAAGAUGAUAAUUAAACCUACAGACAACAUGUGAUACAAGGGCUCAAAUGGAAAUCAUUAAGUGACUUCACGAAUUUAUUAUCAAGCUACGUCUAUAUUUAUGCAUGUAGUGCCCAAACUUCUUCUGAGCAUUUUUUUACAUAUUUUUUAUAUUGAUUUUUAUUUUUUUUGUGCGCCAUGUUAAUUUGCUGGUUGAAUCCUCGUUAAUUUUAACCUACUGUUUGUUUCAAAAUUGGACCAUACCUUUGGAUAUACCUAUGUUUGAUGUAUUUACAAUUAUGUAUUUCCUACUAAAGAGUCAUACACAUUUUUAGUAAGUACUUCCAUUUGUAUAAAACAUUUUUAUCAGUGUGUACGAAAAUAUUUAAAUUAAAUAAAAGUAAAAACAGCAUGCAGUCACAUACCCACAAAGUUCAAGUUUCUUCUCUCAUAUAUUUUAUGUACUUUUGAAAUUGUAUGAUUCAUUAGGAUAAUUAUAUAUUACUUAACCAAUAUGUAUUUUGUGAAUUUAGCCAAUGUACUUACAAUAUCUAAGUGUAUAACUGGUGAAAAAAAUAUCUACAUUUAGAUGUGGUUUCAAUCAAAGUUCAUUCUGCAAUCAAUAAAUCAGAUUAAACCGUCACAUA